AUGACAAGUAGCUUACGUGACGUUUACAAUCCGCUACUCUUUGAAAUUGCCUGGGAGGUUGCCAACAAAGUCGGUGGUAUCUAUACCGUCCUCAAAACCAAAGUUCCAGUCACCGUUCAUGAAUAUGGCGACCGCUACUGUCUCAUUGGCCCCCUUUCCUACAAGACGGCCCCCAUGGAGGUUGAAAGUAUGGAGCCCCCCAACAAGGAAAUUCGCGAGACGCUUGAGACCAUGUCCAAAUAUGGAGUCAAGUAUUUGUUUGGUCGUUGGUUGAUUGAAGGAGCUCCAUAUGUUUUACUCUUUGACACUGGAAGCGUAGCCAACAAGCUCGAUGAAUGGAAGGGUGAUCUGUGGAAUGUUGCAGGUAUUCCCAGCCCUCCCAGUGACUCUGAAACAAACGAAGCUAUCCUUUUUGGUUAUCUUGUCGCUUGGUUUUUGGGUGAUAUAGCGGGAAAGUUCAAUGAUCCCAGUCACGAAACUCGACCUGCCAUCAUUGCACACUUUCACGAGUGGUUAGCUGGUGUUGCCGUACCGCUUUGCAAGAAGCGUCGAAUCGAUGUCACUACUAUCUUCACUACCCAUGCCACUUUACUUGGCCGCUAUCUUGCUGCAGGGUCAGUGGACUUAUACAACUCACUGCGUCAUUUUGACGUUGACCAUGAAGCUGGAAAAAGAGGAAUUUAUCACCGCUACUGCAUCGAAAGAGCUGCCGCUCACUGUUCCGAUGUCUUCACCACUGUCAGUCAUAUCACAGCCUAUGAAAGUGAGCACUUGCUCAAGCGCAAACCAGAUGGCGUGUUACCAAAUGGUUUGAAUGUUGUCAAAUUCUCCGCUAUGCACGAAUUCCAAAAUCUGCACGCUCUUAGCAAAGAGAAGAUCAAUGAUUUUGUUCGAGGUCACUUUUAUGGUCACUAUGAUUGGGACUUGGAAGGCAACACCCUCUACUUCUUCAUUGCUGGACGUUAUGAAUACCGUAAUAAGGGUGUUGACAUGUUUGUCGAAGCUCUUGGUCGAUUGAACCAUCGACUUCAAGCCGCUGGCUCACCCAUGACAGUCGUUGCAUUUAUCAUUAUGCCUGCUACCACACACUCUUUCACUGUAGAAGCUCUCAAGGGUCAAGCUGUCACCAAGCAGCUGAAGGAAACCGUCUCGGGUAUCCAGGACCGUAUAGGCAAGCGAAUCUUUGAAAACGCUUUGAGGGGUCAUGAAAUAGAUAUCAACUCGUUGCUGUCCGAUGAAGACAAGGUCCUUCUCAAGCGUCGUGUUUUCGCACUCAAGCGGUCUUCACUUCCGCCUAUUGUUACACAUAACAUUGCCGGAGACUCCGAAGACCCCGUUUUGGGUCAACUCCGCAGACUCCAGCUCUUCAACAACGAGCAUGAUCGUGUCAAAGUUGUUUUCCAUCCCGAGUUUUUGAACGCCAACAACCCUCUGCUCAGUUUGGACUAUGAGGAAUUUGUUCGUGGAUGUCAUUUGGGUGUUUUCCCGUCUUAUUAUGAGCCCUGGGGAUAUACACCUGCUGAGUGCACGGUCAUGGGAGUUCCCAGUAUCACCACUAACUUGUCUGGCUUCGGAUGCUUCAUGGAGGAAAAUAUUGAAAACUCUGAAGAUUACGGUAUCUACAUUGUUGACCGUCGUAUGAAGUCCGUCGAAGAAUCCAUCCAACAACUCAGUGACCAAAUGUUCCGAUUCUGUCAAAAGUCUCGUCGCCAGCGUAUCAAUCAACGUAACCGUACUGAACGCUUGUCUGAUCUUUUGGACUGGAAGAGAAUGGGUUUGGAGUAUAUCAAGGCUCGACAAUUGGCAUUACGCCGCGCCUACCCUGACUCAUUCGAUGAAGAUGAUGAAGAUCUAGGUACUGAGACUCAGCACGUCAAGAUACCAAAGCCAUUGUCGGCUCCCGGUAGCCCACGUUUCCGAGGAGCCAAUGGACAUCAGAUGCCCCAAGACGAAGACGAAGAGGACGAUGAAUAUCCUUUCCCAGUCAUUGUCCGUCGCAAGAACUCAACGAGAGAAGAAGAGCUUUUGCAAGAAGGUGACAUUGCCUCUCUUAAUAAGCUGAAUGAGCUUAGCUUACAAGAAAAGAAGCAACAGCACAAGGCUUAA